UCCUUGCCUGGCUCCGCCCUGGAGUCAUCAUUGGGGUUUAGUCCAGCCGCGCAGACCAGCGCACAGACAGGCUGCAGCUGCGGACCGGCGGGCGGGCAGGAGGCGUGCAGGAGCCGCGGGCGUGGAGGCGCCGGGGUCCCGGGGCGCAGGGAGUGUUCCAAAAGCCAGUAAGGAGGACGAGGCACCCCUUAAAACUCCUCCACAUCCUGCGGGCCAUGCUGACCUCAGCAUCCACUCUCCUCGCUCCCAGGAUGCUCUGGGUCCUCUUGUUCUUGGCCACCUUCAGGAGUGCUCAGAGUGGAAACUGGGAUCACCCCAACUGCACCAGGGGUGUGGUUUCUGUGUUGCGGGGCAAGCCAGCCACGAUGACCUGCAGCAUCUCCAAUGCCUUCUCCCACAUCAACAUCUCCCUGCAAGCAAACCCCACGGCUCCCUGGAAGCUCAUCUUCAGCGUAAAGGCCCCAGGAAACUUCAGUCAGGAUGGAUGGCAGCUCUGGAUUCGAGAGGGUGAGGCGCAUCUGGUGAUUGAAGAAGCCCAGGACACCCAUGCAGGGCAGUACAAGUGGAAUCUGAAGGGGCGCCAGAGAAAUGUUGAAAUCACCACUCUGAACGUCUCAGAGCUGCAAGACCUGCUCCUCACACCUUCCGCAGGCCUGGAAAUGAAGCUGGGCAGUCUCAAGACUGAUCCCAAGGACAAGAGCCAGAUCCAGGUGGUCUUCCCCAUCCUCGCCCUGGUCGUCCUCUUCAUCCUGCUGAUCUUCACGUUGGCCUGGUGCCGAAGGCAUGGUUCCCCACUCUCCAGGCUUCAGCAGGUAAGGGGUUCUGAGCCUGGAAUACCCAGCGCACCACACUAUGCAGAGUGGAAGCGCUGUGUGGAAGACCAGGCCAAGGACUAGGAAGCUUGGCAACAUCCUGGCCUCUCCCUAACACACACGCCAAGGAGGGGUCCUUGUUAGGUCCUUGGGCCCAAAGUACAAAAAUCUCAAGUUCCAAAGCACUUGACCUAACAGGACCCUCCCCCUCCUCCAUCCCACCCAGGCCUGGGGUCCUCCCCUGGGCAGGGGUGCCACGCUGCCGUCACCUGGGAGAUGCCCCAGUAUGCGGUCCUCAGCUGAUCAUGUCUUCAGACUAUGAAUAAGACCCUCUUGGACCCUCUUGUCUUUGGACCAUGAAUAAGAACCAGUUUGAGGGACCUUCCUGCCAGCAGCUGUGGAACCGAAAUGAGGAUAUCUGUGGCCUGAGAUGAUGAAUGGGGCCUCCUCCACCACCCCCAAAGGGUAGAGCAGCCCCUCUGGAUGGGAGACUGGACAGGUGGCUGCUGGUGGAAUCUGUGUCCAACCUCUCUGUUCUCCCCCAGCCCUGGGGCUCCCCUCUCUGCCACCUGCUCUACCUGCUGCCCCUUCCUGUUCCCAAAUGUAUCCCAAACUGUAUAUGCCAGGUGUCUUUACAAGAAAAACUGUAUAACUCC